CCCGCAGAUGUUUUUAAAUGCCCGACCUUAAAGGCUCUUCAGUUGGACGACAAUCUAAUCCAACACUUGCCUCAUAAUGUGAAGCUUCUCCUGCAGCUUGAGAAAUUAUCCAUUGAGGGAAACAAGUUGCAAUGUCUGCCUUCUGAACUAGGGCAUCUUUCACAACUACAGGCCUUAAACAUAAACCAUAACCAAAUUGCAUCCCUCCCAGAUAACAUUUCAAACCUCCAACACAUCAGGCAACUCUUUGCCAACAAUAACCAUCUCACACAAUUACCUACAUGUAUUGGAGACCUUGCAACCCUUCAGAUCUUGGGACUUAGCAGGAACGCCCUCAAAACUUUGCCAGAGUCAGUUGCCAAUCUUAAAAACCUACAUGUUCUAAAUUUAGAUGGCAAUCAUAUGUCUAGCUUGCCCAAGCCCAUCUUCAGGCUCCUGCAGUUGGUCAAGCUCUGUGUAGGUGGAAACCAGAUCAAAAGUUUACCAAAAGAAAUUGGUGACCUAAAAGCCCUUCGAGAACUGUCACUGAGUAAUAACCAGCUCACCUUUUUACCUGUACAACUUUACAACUUGACCAGCUUGGAAGAACUUAUCCUUGAUAAUAACCGGAUAACCAAAUUAUCAGACAAGAUAGAGCAACUACAACAACUCAAAGUUUUCUCUAUUUCUAAUAAUUUGCUUCAGUUCAUUACAGAGAGUAUCUGCAACUGUCAUAGUAUAGAGACUUUAAAUUUAAGUGGCAACCAAAUGUGUGCUCUUCCAGAAAAUAUUCACAAGUUGAAAAAGCUAAAGGAGCUUCAGGUUGACCAAAAUGCAUUGACAGUUUUACCAGAGCAACUGUCUCACCUCAAAAGUAUUUCCUCAAUUUCCUGGGCUGAGAAUCAGCUUAUUUAUGUUCCAAUCGAAUUGAAAAACUGUUUACAAAUCAGCCAUCUGGAUCUGAGUGGUAACAAGCUGAUGGAAGUCCCACAAGCUUUGUCCUCCAUGAUAACACUUCUACAUUUGAACCUUAAUAAAAAUGAAAUUCAUGACAUACCUGAGACCAUUGUUUACAACAAGCAGCUGAAACGCUUAGAGAUGAGUGGAAACAAAUUAAGUACUUUCUCAGUUUACUUGUGCACACUUAACAAUCUCAUUUACUUAGAUAUGAGCAGGAACGAGCUUUGUGAACUCCCACCAAACGUGUCUGAGAUGGACUCUUUGACUGAUCUUCUUCUCCAGUGUAAUAAGUUUACACAUUUCCCCCCUGAACUCUGCACUGUAAAGAGUCUCGAAAGAUUAAACUUGUCAGACAAUCAGAUUGAGUUUUUGCCAGCACAAAUCAGUUGGCUGCAAACGCUGAUGGACCUGGACCUCUCAAAUAAUAAUUUCAGAGCAUUCCCUGGUGAGGUGUGCUAUGUUUUGUCAUUGGAAACACUGAAAAUCAAACAGGAGAGGGGAAGGAAGGUAAUCAGAUAUUUGCUCAUCUCUGUAUACUCGUGUUUAUUUUUCCAGGCUCUUAAAAAAAUAUCUUUGGGGAGUCAGGUGUUCAUGCUAUAUUUUAUGAAAGUACAUUUGACUUGCUGGGUUUUAGAGUGCUACUUUGUCUGCUUAGAUGUGGGUGGACAAAACACUUUUAGCUGA